UGUCGCUACGGGUGCAGACGACGACGAAGAUGGGAGGAUUGACGUUGGACGAGCGCGUCCUGCAUGACGCGGCGGUUGUCCAGACCAUUGCGGCGCAACAGUUGGAAGACCUGUGUAUGAUGUUGCAGCUGAACGUGCCUUCGCUCCCAACGGACAAGAAGCUGCGACGCAAACUCAGCCGACAUGCAUCUACUGUGGGUUUGACGGCAGAAGACAUGGAUCGUGCCGUUUCGGGCUUGAGCACGAUCCUCACGGAAGCGUCCAAGAACGACUUGUCCUCGGCAGACCUGGCGCACUCCAUCAUGAGCCUUCGUUUGCCUACCACCCACGUUGACGUGCUGACACAGUACUACGUCGAGUACAAGGACCAGAUCAAGGCAGCGGUCGCGUGGAACCCACCGUUGGGAGUACCAGCAUACCGAUCACUAGACUGGCGAUUCGACAUGGAGCUUGGGACCCGCACAUUGCAUCACCAAGCAAACCCGGUGCUAACCCUUCAGAUCACAACGACCGCCAACGACACUGCACCGCAGUUGGUGCAAUGUAGCUAUAGUCAGCUCCACGCUCUCCACGACUCCCUCAAACGUGCUUUGAAGGAAACCUCGACUCCCCACGGAAGCCGCAUGCAGCGCUAUCUCUAACUCCAACGACGUGUAAUUCAAUGUUUGUUAUAGCAUUGCUAAAUACUGGCCACUCCCAGUGACGUGAUCUGAGAGGAGCAUCUCGCGGUACGCCACGUCAUGAGCGAGCUUCUUCCUCCACACUACCAGCCCCACGACACCCAAACACACGGCAACACCACCCACGGUAAUUCCUGCAAUGGCUCCACUAGACAGGACAGAAGCCUCGGUCGGCGCAGUUGGGGACUCGUUGCCGAUGGUGGCACCAGCAAUAGAUGGAAAUGGAGUGGACGUCGUUGACGGCGCAGGCGGUGUGGAUCGUCGGGGGCUGCGAGUGCGGCGCGGGGACGUCAUGUCGUUUGAAUCGUACGGUUCGUCAGUGUCGUCCGAAGUCGCAUUCUCGUGAUCAGUCAUUGGCGCAGGAGUUGCUUUUGACGAUAAAGUGGAAGGGACUGGAGGUUGUGGGAAGGACUGUGGCAAUGCGGUGGCGGCUGCGUCGGAAGGACGGGUUGUGGUUGCAUUGGUCGAUGCAUGCGAAAUCGAUGGUGUCGGUGCGCGAGCAGGCGGAGACGUGGUCGUUGUCUUGGUAGAUGCAGGGAUCGAAGUGCGGGCUCCGCCACUCGCAGACGUGGCUGAAUGGAUCGCUGUUGCACAUGGUGUUGUCGUGGGUGCAGCGCUCGAAGCACGUGCCUCCGCGGAAGCGCGAGGAGUCGACGGCAUUCGAGUCGCUGCGGGGCUCCGAGAUUCAAUUUUGGAACGUUGCUUUGGAGGCAUGAGGAGAUACCCGUGACAAGUUGAGCAACCCAUCGACCCGGAGCACUGCUUGCACCUCUUUCGCGGCAUGAGACGGAGGUUGGCGCAGUUCAAGCAGUCGGACGCCUCGCCUGGCUCAAUCGAAACACACCAGCCAGUGCGGCAGUGUGCUUCCGGCAUCAAGCCGAUACGUCGCACCGUGAGUACCGCUUGAAAUGUAGCACUGUAUGCUUCAUGAGAAGAGGACGGCAGUCCCGUGCUUGUCGGCGCUAGGAAGCCGAGCCCGGCGAUGCCACAUGCGACGAUGCGGCUCAGGCGGCCGAUCAUGAAUGUGCCCGUUCACGCCAAACAAGGUUUU